CAUGGACCAGACCCUUCAGGAUGAGGUACAGCAGGAAUUACGUUCAGCAAAGUCAGAAUGGAUGGAGAUUUUUCAGCUUUUCGGGGGACACUAGUGUGGCAGGAAGAAUACUAAGACACCCGAGUGAGGGAGAUUCAGUGGGCUGACUGUGGAAAAAGUGCUUCAAACCAUUUCCUCAGCUUGGGGGAAUCAAAAUCACACCCCUCACGGUGGGGACAGACUGUGUACCAGUUCUGUUUGUAAUUUCAAACCCAGGUGACACAAGGAAUACACUCCCCAUGGGGAAACCGUGGAAAUGUGGGGACUGUGGGAAAGGAUUCCCUUCCCCCUCAGUGCUGGAAAUUCACAGACGUGUUCACAGCGGGGAGAAGCCGUUCAUCUGCUCAGUGUGUGGGAAGGGAUUCACAAAUUCUUCCAACCUGCGGGCGCACCAGUGGGUCCACACGGGAGAGAAGCCCUUCACCUGCUUGGUGUGCAGGAAGGGGUUCACGCAUUCAUCUGCACUGCUGACCCACCAGCGGGUCCACACUGGGGAGAGGCCGUUCGGUUGCUCAGAGUGCGGGAAGGCUUUCCGUCGUGUGAGCAACUUGAGGAAGCACGAGCGGGUCCACAUGGGGGAAAGGCCAUUCACCUGCCCCGAGUGUGGGAAGGGAUUCAUUGAUUCUUCCAGCUUGCUGAACCACCAGCGGAUCCACACAGGGGAAAGGCCAUUCACCUGCUCUGUGUGCGGGAAAGGAUUCAAUCAUAUGAGCAAUUUGCGGCAGCAUAAGCGGGUCCACACUGGGGAGAGGCCAUUCACCUGCCCCGAGUGUGGGAAGGGAUUUACCAACUCUUCCCACCUGCUGACCCACCAGCGGAUCCACACUGGGGAGAGGCCAUUCACCUGCUCCAAGUGCAGGAAGGGCUUCACCUGCUCCUCUGACCUCCAGAGACAUCAACGAGUUCACGUGCCAUCACAGGGAAAUUGAAGGAGUGACAGAUAAGUACCAUUUUUGACUAGACUAUCAACCCCGUUCUGGGGUCUCCCAGGUUUGAAUCCCACCGUGGUAGAUGGUGCAAUUGAAAUCUGGAGUUCAGAAUCAAAUGAUGAAACCAUUUUCAGGGGAAGAAAAACCCCACCUUAUUCACUCAUGUCCUUUUUUAGAGAAUGAAGCUAUCUUUGCAGGAAAGGAAUCACUCAGUUAUUCCAGCUGCAUCCUUUACCUGGUCUGGCCUACCCCUGACUCCAGACCCACAGCAGUGUGGUUGACUCUUGAUUGCAUCCCCCUCCUGUAUAUGAGCUGGAGAAACUAACUUGUAUACAGGGUGUAGGCUGAAACUGCUGAGUGAGGCAAUACUUCCUCCAGAUGAAGGCUGUACCAAGGAUCCAGUUCCAAAGGGAUAAUUUGGUGCUGACCAAUAGUAAAGAAAGUGGGGGAUGGGGAGUGUGUGCACUUUGACCUUGAGCUUUUUAUUUAAAAAACGCUACUUUUCGUGCACUUUUUUUUUCUGGGAAAAAUUGAAACUGUAAUGAAGCAGGGUUGUAAUAAA